AUGCAGGAUCCCUCAAUCACAAACUCGGCCAGGUCCCCGGAUCUAGAGCGAAACGAUGGCGGGGACUUCCUCAUGAACCGGACCGUCCAGAACUUUUCGUGGAGGGAUCUCACUGUCACAGUGAAGGACCGGGAGACCAAGCAGUCCCGCGAUUUGAUCAAUUUGAUCAGCGGAGAUGCACAACAGGGAGAGCUAAUUGCGUUGAUGGGUCCCUCGGGCUGUGGCAAGACGACUUUGCUCAAUGUACUUGCUCGGCGUGCCGCGUCAUCUGGCGCAAAAGUGAUCGGGGAGACAUACGUGAACGACUCUCAAGUCGACUCGAAGACCUUUCAGCGAAUGACUUCAUAUGUCGAACAGGAGGAUGCGUUGAUAGGAUCCUUGACUGUGCAGGAGACAUUGAAGUUUGCAGCUGAUCUUUCUUUGACCGGCUCUGUACCAAAGAUCCAACGCAUGGAACGGACUAGAACCCUGUUGGAAGCAUUCGGUAUCCAAAAGCAGGCGAAUACCAUAGUAGGUACACCUAUUCGAAAGGGAAUCAGUGGUGGUCAGAAACGGCGUGUGAGCGUUGCCAGCCAGCUCAUCACUUGUCCCAAGAUUUUGUUUUUGGACGAGCCAACCAGUGGCUUAGAUUCCACUGCGAGCUAUGAAGUGAUAUCAUAUGCAAAAGAGCUUGCUCGGGUCAAUAAUCUCAUCAUCAUCGCGAGUAUCCACCAACCAUCGACUACAACUUUCAAGCUGUUUGAUAAAUUGCUUCUCCUUUCAUCCGGACGGACUUGCUAUUUCGGUAAAACUGAAGACACGGAGAGUUACUUUGAUAGUAUCGGAUAUUCGAUCCCUCUCCAAACAAACCCAGCUGAAUUUCUGUUGGAUCUUGUUAGCUCAGACUUUUCGGGCUCUAAAGAACCAGCCGGUGAGCGAGUGCGGGCGAUUCAAAAUGCUUGGAAAGAAUCAGCGCAGUCAAUUCUAGUGGACGGCCAAAUUUCCGAGCGAGUCAAUUCGGCGGAAAAAGUCACAAAAAGCUGGACUGAGGAAGACAUGACUCGGCCAAAUGGACUUUCCAUCACCAUGGCACUUUUGCGUCGCUCUUUCAUCAAGUCUUACCGCGAUGUUGUUGCUUAUGGAAUUCGAAUUAUCAUGUAUCUUGGUUUGGCUAUCAUGAUGGGCACAGUGUGGCUCCGGCUCCAUCCGUCACAGGAGUACAUUCAGCCUUUCAUCAACGCAAUCUUCUUCGGUUCCGCUUUUAUGUCUUUCAUGGCUGUGGCAUAUGUUCCAGCAUUCUUGGAAGAUCGAGCUACAUUCGCAAAAGAGAGAGCCAAUGGCCUUUAUGGUGCAACACCUUUCAUGAUUUCUAACUUUAUCAUCGGAUUGCCCUUUUUGUUCUUGAUAUCAAUCCUCUUUUCAAUCAUUUCCUACUGGCUCUCGAACUUCCAGCCAACAGCAGAAGCCUUCUUCACUUGGGUUAUGUGGAUUUUCCUGGAUCUCGUGGCUGCCGAAUCGUUGGUGGUCCUUGUGACAGCAAUCUUCCCGAACUUCGUGAUCGCCUUGGCACUGGUAGCGUUCGCAAAUGGACUGUGGAUGAGUGUCGGAGGGUUUCUGGUCACCCCGAAGAUUCUCAAUCCGUUUUGGAAAUAUGUGUUCCACUACAUUGACUACCAGGCAUAUGUAUUCCAGGGUAUGAUGGUCAAUGAGUUCUCAAAGCGGAACUACUCCUGUGGUGCCGGUUGUCAGUGCAUGUACACCACUGACCUGGCAGAUCAAUGUCUCAUUCGUGGCACUGGGGUUCUCGAGUCAUAUGGCUAUGCUACCGGUCGAACCGGGAAAUGGGCUGGCAUUCUGGUCGGCAUUAUCGCUGUUUAUCGACUGCUCGGCUGGAUUGCGCUGUAUUUGCGAAAGAACUAG